GCCCCGCCUCUUGUGCGGGUCUCGCCCCCAAGGGCACAGCCGACGCCGCGGCGGAGCCCCGCGGGGCGGGGCGGGGCGACUCCUCCCACGGCCCCGCCCAGCUUCCCCGGAGACCCCGAGCGCUAGUGCUGCCUGCCCCCUCCCCUUCCUUCGCCUGGCGUGGCGCCCUCGGGGUCCCGGGUGCGCCCGGCCCGACAUGCCGCCCCACUGCCUGUCAGCGGAGGACGAGCAGCGCUGCCGGCGGCUGCUGGCAGGGGCCACUGCCCGACUCCGCGCGCGGCCCGCGGCGGCCGCCGUGCUCGUGCCGCUGUGCUCGGUGCGCGGGAUCCCAGCGCUGCUCUACACGCUGCGGUCCAGCCGCCUGGCCGGGAGGCACAAGGGCGACGUCAGUUUCCCAGGUGGCAAGUGGGACCCCACUGACCAGGACGUGGUACACACAGCCCUGAGGGAGACCCGUGAGGAGCUGGGCCUUACUGUGCCUGAAGAGCAUGUGUGGGGCAUCCUGCAGCCUGUGUAUGACCAGCAAAAGACCACCGUGGUGCCAGUGCUUGCCGGUGUGGGCCCCCUGGAUCCCCAGAGCCUCAGGCCCAACCCUGAGGAGGUGGACAAGGUGUUUGCCCUACCCCUGGCCCACCUGCUGCAGGAGCAGAACCAAGGCUAUACCCACUUCUGCCAGCGUGGCCACUUCCGCUACACUCUGCCCGUCUUCCUGCACGGGCCACACCGUGUCUGGGGUCUCACGGCCAUCAUCACAGAGUUCACCCUGCAGCUGCUGGCACCCGGUGCCUACCAGCCCCGCCUGGCCCUCCCUAAGUGCUCCACGGGCUGAAGGCCUGGCCAGAAUCUCUACUCUGCCGGCAUGAGAAGUGAGGAGAGGGCAACGGCUCUCGGACGGCACAGCAUUAGCCUCCCAUCGACAGAAAACAGAGCUUCUGUCUCUGGCCAUCCAACCCAGAAUUGUACUUCGUUGGGCCUCCCCGAGCCUGUCACCUGGCCUGCUGUCUUUGGAAUUCCCUAGGCGGCAGGGUCUGGGGGCACAGUCCCAGGGAGGAGGAUGAGCCUCCCAGACGGAGACUGUGGAAAGGGCAGUCCCCGCAGGACUGCUGGGAAGAGAGAGAAGGGAAGGUCGAGCAGGUAAAAAAGCAGCCAGGUUCGCCUACAGAGUGACCUUGAAACCAAAGGUGAGCAAGAACAGGCCACGUCAAAGGGCACAGGGGGGAAGUGGGGGCAGAAGGAGCAGCACGUGCACAAAGUUCGGGGUCCUGGAGGAAACAAGAUGAACAGGGCGGAGAGUCGGGGAGGGGCCUCGCCACUCAGGGGCCACCAUGGUGUGCCAAGGGGACGAGCUUCAGUGGUGACUUAGGAUUUUGUUCCAGGU